CUCACUCCGCCUCCUCCACGCUGCCCCCGAGCAGCGCCGCCGCCGCCGUGGGUCCUCCGAGGAAGGUGGGCCGGCUGGUGCGGGAGGGCGGGGUGACCGUCAGCUCGUCCAGCGACGAGCUGAGCGCGGGCCACGGCUUCUCUGGCUUCUCGUUCGGUCUGCUGCAUCACAGCACGGACAACAACAGCGCCGCCUCCGCUGCAGCUCAGACCGGCCCGGCUCAGCCUCUGGCCAGCGGCGGGAACGUGCCCUGGAGGGGGGGGCGCUGGCAUAAAUGUCGCCUGGUCCUCAGAGAGAGGGACAGAGAGGGCGGGGAGCGGGGAGAGGAGUACUACUUGGAAUUCUUCAUUCCACCUAAAUCCUCAAAGCCCCGGCUGACUGUCCCUUGCUGCUCUAUCGUGGAUGUGAGGAGCACCACAGCGCUGGAGGUCCCCGACAAGGAGAACACCUUCCUGCUGCAGCUGGAAGGGGCGGCGCAGUACGUGAUCGAGACCCGUGACGCUGUGCAGAUGAGAGCCUGGCUGAGCGACAUCAGGAACGGCAUCUGUCUCAGUGAACAGGAAGACGCUGAAGGUGUGUGCGGGGGGCCGUUGGACAUCAGUGGGACGCCUGAGAUUGUUGACCGUCUUUCACAAGUGUGUUAUGGAGGUAUCGGAGGCUCCUCCCCCCUGAUGGAUCCUCUCCCCCCGGAGCUGCCCCCUCGAGCCCCUCUGGACGAACCAGACAGCCGGAUUCUCGGGGGAGGCGGGGCUAGUCUGGGCACACCUUUUGCUGAGACACCAGACGCCACAGGGUCCUUCCUGUUCUCGGAGACGACAACCGCGGAGGCGGUGGAGCACCCGCUCAGUGAGUGUCAGUGGUUCCACGGCACCCUGUCCCGCCUCAAAGCGGCCCAGCUGGUGUUGGCUGGAGGCCCGGCGAGCCACGGCGUCUUCCUGGUUCGCCAGAGCGAGACACGGCGCGGAGAAUACGUCCUCACCUUUAACUUCCAGGGCAAGGCCAAGCACCUCCGUCUGUCCCUGAACGAGGACGGUCAGUGCCGAGUGCAGCACCUUUGGUUCCAGUCCAUCUUCGACAUGCUGGAGCACUUCCGGGUGCACCCGAUCCCCCUGGAGUCCGGCGGUGCCUCAGACGUCACACUCAUCAGCUUCGUGGGUGCCACCGCUGUUCGCCAGCCAGGCCGGGACAGAGCAGGCAGUCGGCCUACAGUCUGUGACGCCAUCACCACGCGCCAUCCUGACUCUCCAUCAACCCCCAUCUCUGACUGUGUAGGAGGAGGAGGAGGAAGUGGAGGCAGCGGAGGUGGAAGCGGAGGAGGAGUAGAGGACUGGGAGGAGAGGGACAGGGACACUCCUCUCCGCCAACUAGAAGCUGUGGAGGGAGAAGAGAGGGAGGGAGCGAGGGCGCCCCGAGCCAUCGAUAACCAGUACUCCUUCUUCUGAUGAAGGGAAGGCCAGGAGGAGGAGGAGGAGGAGUGUGUGUGCGUUUGUGACUGAGCGUGUGUGUGAGCGAACGUGAGAGUGGAUGAGGCGGCGUGCAUCAUAGCCAUUCAUAACCAGUAUUUUUAUUUUGUUAGCAAGGUGGAAGAGGAGGAGGAGGAGGAGGUGUAAAAGUACUAACACUAUAGGAGAGAGAGAGAGAAGACGAAGCAGACGGAGAGACGGGUGAGAGCAGCUUUACAACACUAACUCUAACGCGGUACUUUUUAUUUUAUUCUUUGUAGUCAGAUAAGCUUUUGUUUUUUGCCGGUACGCCUCGCAGCGGGCUCCUCCUCGUGAACAGCAGCGAGAGCUCGAGCCCUGUGAAGCCAGCAGUCCCGAUACCUCACAGUGGUCCUGCCAAGACAGCACACGCUAUUCAGAGGCCAAACAUACCCGACAGACAUUUACGGUGGCGGGUAGACCCCCAGACAUCCCGCUCUGACCCGAGCCGACACCACGUCACUGCAAACUCCAUUUAAAAGCGUCUGAUUGGAGCUGUGAGACCAAACUGGGUCAGUGGACUGUGUGACCAACGGAUUCUCGUUUUAAAGUGAGAACAACAAAAAAAACGACCCGUUAGCUGGGUUGUUUUACGUUUUAUCUCCUCCUAUGUAUAAAUGGUUGUCGGGAAAAUCCGUUGGUCGUAAUGUGCACUGACCAAACGACGUGAAUUUUAAAAAGAACAAUAAACACAAUAUGUGAUAUAUUUGAAUGUAUAAUUAUAAUAAUAGUAACACUAAUGACACAAUGCUUCAGCUUUUAGUCAACUUUAUUUAUACAGCAGCUUUUCAUACCAAAGUGCUUCACUUUACAAACCGAAACAACCUGUAAAAACAACAAAGAACCACAGUACAUACAGUAAAUACAGUUUUUCAAGGCUAAAAAUAAACGUCGAUACAAAAAUAAACACAAAAUGAUUAAAACCUAAAAAGUCUGGUUGGAGAUACUGAACACACUUCUUCAGCUGUCCGAUAUCAAAAAGUAUAAAUGCAACCAAGAAGCAUCGCAGACCGAUUGAGAUCCUGCUAAUAAAGAUGCUAAUAAAUCCCCGUGGAGGACGUUUCUACGAGCUUAUGUUAAAGGUCCAGUGUGUAACAUUGAGGAGGAUCUAUUGUAUGUUUUCAUUAGUGUAUAAUCCGCCAUGUUCCUACUGAACAGACAAACAAACGCUGACUCUAGAUGGGGCCUUUCGUGGCCAUCGUAGUUUCUCCUACACACUCAGAAGGCUGAGCUGUAUUCAGUUGGUUGCAGUCUGAAACUUUAACACUAUAUCCCACACACUGGUCCUUUAAUACGUCGGGUUAUUGGCAAGAAUUGUGCCCCUGUCGUGUUCAGACAGGGUCAGAAAUGUUCAGGGAUGAGGUGUGUGUGUCUGUAGAGCCUCACCUGAUCAUCCAUAUCAAAUGUAAAUCUAUAAUAUCUAAAUACUGUGUUUGGUAGCAGCAUGCAGGAAGAAACAGACUCACAGAAACACUACAAUUAUCUGAUUCCUGAUCAGUUGAACCACUCAGUGAUCUGUGUGGGUCCAUUACCACCAGCACUGAUCUGCAUGUACUCAAACCAACGCCGUCGGCCGUGUGUAAAUAAAAGUUUAUCAAACUGCUUCUGGUUUUCAUCCACUGACAGAACACCCAAUAUGACACUGAAGUUAGAGCAGUUCAGUCCUACCUGCUGUAAAUAUACACAUAUAUAAAUCAGUAGCUGAGCCGUCACGGUGGAAAAACAUCCACAAGAAUUCACAUUAUUGGUGCCACUUCCUGAUAGUUCCCCCUUUAUAACAGCUGUAUACGUCUGUAUUAACUUACAGCUUAAAGCCAUUAAUAAUAACCACGUUCGGGUUGCCAGGUCUGGUUCAUAUUUGCUAAUCAAACAGUAAAUCAAAAAUAAAUACUCAUGAUUUUCUCAAUUGAACAGUCAAUAUGUUAUAAACUACCAAUAAAAUCAUUCUAACCCCUUUAGAAAUGGUACUUUACUUAAAAGUUAAAGAAUUGAUCUUUGGAGCGUCAGUAAAAACAUUCUGGUAAAUUUAAGACUCUAACAAACAAUAACGAUUAGUUGAUUAUUCGAUAAAAAGGAAAUGAAUCGUCAAGAAUUAUAAUCAAUUAAUUGUGAUUUAAUGUUGAACAGUUCAACACGUUAUCAUUGUAAAUUUAAUAUCUUCUCCUCCUCGUAUAUAUAUAUAUUUUUGUAAUUUGAAGACUACACACAGCUCUUGAUGGGCAUUUUUUACACUAAAAGAUUCUUCAGUUAUUCCAAAAAAAUGAAUCACUGAUGAGAAAUAGUUCUCAGUUAUUAUUGUGUGUAUUACAAGAUUGUUAAAAUGUUCAAAUUCAGGCUUUUAAAUGGAGAUAUUAUCUGUUAUAAAAGUUAUAAAAGUUCCUCAAACAACGCGUGUUUGCCAGCUCACAGGGCAGCGUUAAAAUGAGUGAUUUUUGAGUGGAGUUUGGUGUGACGUUGUCUGUGCACGGCGGAGGAUGUAAUGAGUCUACGUGAAGCAGAGCAGGAAGACUUUUACCUCAGACACACUCAGCAGCAGCAUCACUCAGUAUAUAUGUCUCUCUCUCUUUCUCUCUCUCUCUUUU